UUCUGAGUUCGCACAAACUGGAUGGCUUGCCAUUGACUCAGCGUACUGUCAUUCAUUUGCCAUAGAGAUGGUAAACGGCAACGAGAGGUGGGGGAAUUGGGCAAACAAAGAUGGCGUCCCGCGAUGAUGCAGGAAAUAGAUUUCGGUUUUAUUAAAACGUGCUUGAAAGUGUAUCACCUGAAGGGUUCUUCCGCGGAGGCAUCGGUAAAGACUUUUUGGAGACGCAAAGACGCAGCAGGUUUGUGGCUUACCUGUCUUUCAGACUAAAUGGCUGGAUGGAAGUCCGGGUCAGAUUCUCAAAACUCUGGACCCUGCAGCUACGUGGAUCAAGUUCCCUUCAAGAUAAACGACAGGUUCAGGUGUCCAGCCAAAGUGGGUCUCCCCGUGGGGUUCAGUAUCCCAGACUGCACCUCUCUGUUGGCCCAGUUUGAGUAUGACUUCUCCCUGGAGCGGCGGGUGGUGCGGUGGGGGGAGGAGCUGGAGGAGGCGCGGGCGGCCCAGGAGAGGGCGCGGCAGGAGGCGGAGUCUGCCGCCGUGAGGCAAGCGGCGUCACGGGAGCAGGAGGCGGAGCCUAGCGACGGGACGCCUCCGCCUCGCCCCUCGGACAACAAGGCCCCGCCCCCUCCGGCGCUGAACCCCGUGAUGGCAGGUUUGAGUCACGGCGCCAUCCUCACGCCCCUCCCCGCCCCCCGCCUGGGCCCGCCCGCCCGCCCCGCCCCCCCCGCCCCGCUGAGGGUUUUCGACCUGGCCGACUUCGAGAGCGCGGAGGACCCCUUCGACAAGCUGGAGCUCAAGACCCUGAACGACAAGGAGGAGCUGAGGAGCAUCUUGUUCAUGCAGGCCCCGACCCCGACCCCGACCCCGCUCCCGCCCGUCAAAACGGGCCUUCACCACAGGACCAAUGGCCUGGUGGCCCCGCCCAAACAGGAGCUGGAGGCGGGACCACCCUGCAACAUCCGCUCGCUCUCCUUCCCCAAACUGUCUGACUCCGCCCCCAGCCCCGCCCCACAGCACAGCCUGCCCAAUGGCACCCCGCCCCUCACACGGCGGGCCCUCCCCCAGAAAGACGUCAUCAGUCACCUGGCCUAUGACGGUGUCCUGAAACGGUCUCCGCCCCUCCCGGCCCCCGGCCCUCGCCCUCCUGGUGUGGUGGGACAGGGCGGAGCCUUGCUGGGACUGACGCCCAGAGAGAGGCAGUGCGUGGAGACGGUUGUUGCCAUGGGCUACCCCUACGAGGGCGUGUUGAAGGCCAUGCAGAGACAGGGCUGGAACAUGGAGCAGGUGCUGGACUAUCUGAUCCUCCACGCGCGGCUGUGUGAGCGAGGCUUUGACGCCCGCACGGUGGAGGAGUGCCUGGAGAUGUACCAGUGUUCUGAAGCAAAGGCUCUGGAGUUCCUGCAGCUGGUGUCCCGUUUCGGGGAGAUGGGCUUCGACAGGGACGCUGUGAAAGAGGUGCUGCGGCUCCACGAUAACGACCAGGACAGAGCUCUGGAGGAGCUGAUGACCCGAGCCACCACCAGCUGAGCCUGCGCCUCCGGCCACGCCCGUCUGCCCCCCCCCCCCACCCCACCCCCAUGACCCCUCUGCCCUCACGGGAGGGAGAGAGAGACCCCAAACUGGACGGGGAAAAAUUAAGCAGUAUUAAAGGAGAUAACAAAAAGUCACUGAAACACAUUCUGGGGAAAAAAAGAGGGGCGUGUUGGGCCAAACCAAAGAGCCUGAACUGCCCCUCUCUGGAACUUUCUAGGCACAAAUUAACGUGGCGGAAGAAAACAAGCAAACAAGCAAAAAAAAAAAAAAGAAAAAAAAACAGGCUGAGAAGACGAAACAAAGGAAACGCUGUUCAGCACUUUGUAGCGGCGCUUGGCCAUCCGCCUCCCGCUCUGAGGGAGGGGGGGCGGGGCCGGAAAGCGCCAGAACUCCAAGCUGCCCCGCUGCCGUCAUCUGCCAACUGCCCCGGCGGGCGUGACGUCAUAAUGCAAACACAAAUGCAAACCCAAAAGGAACAUUCAGAAGUGCCCUUUCUGUUUGACUGCUGAUUCACUGUCGGUUCUCUGUUCAUUUUUAUUUUUGUGUUAAUCGCUGCCCCAGGGCAAAUAAUCAUUUUGUCUGAUGUUUCUCUUUCUUCCUGCUUUAGGAACUAUGUUAACAAAGUAAAUACAAUUAAUAUAACUAAAUAACAGUAUAUGAUAUGGUAUCUUCUACUCUGCGUUUCACACUUACACUGGAAUGGACUUCAAACAGAAUGCAAAAAAGAGGGGAAUAAACUAAAACAAAGCGAAAGCCAAAACUGCACAAAGUCACGUACAUUUGGUACAGUCUCAAAAACAUUAGUGCAAAACUAAGUGCUAUGUACGGUAAGAGACUGAUCAGGACAAAAACUGUGAACUUUGCUUUAAACUUUUAUUGCUAUCUCUCUAUCUUUAAGUUCAAGCUUGGUAUCAAAAAAACUAAAAAAGUUAAUUUUGUGUUGGUGUACUGCCAACCUCUAGUGCAAUAGAAAAUAGGAUGGAAUCACUGUGGGGGAGAGUUGGCCUGGUGAUGUUUGUGAGGAAUUGGAUACAUUUGGGUGUGUGGUGCCCCCUAGGCUUGUGGAGGAUGAAUAGAAAGACUGAGACACUGGAGCUUGCAAGGCAGUAAUUAUUCUGAUCACCUUGGUGUCGGUUGACUUUAAAUGCAUCUGGGAUGGUUUGUGUCUGCAGGCUUCAUAGGAGAAAGAUGGAAAACGAUUACAUGGUCCUUUUUUUUUUUUCUUCUUUUUUUUUUUUCUUUAUCUAAAAGUGGAGCUGGACUCAUUUUAUACUUCAGCCACCCAGCUGCAACUUCCUGUAUUCUUUUCUCUUUUUAUUCCAUCUAAUGAAUAGCACCAGUGUUUUUUGGAACUGGACAAGCAUGGGCUUUUCAACUGUGGGUGCUGGAAAGGAAUGGCUUCUGUGCAAAACUGUCGAGGUUGUGGGUUCCCGGCUGGUUUUGAGGCAGUUUGAAUUUUGAAAGAAAGUCCCCAGCGUUUCAUGUCCACUUGAAGGUUCAUCGUUGUUGGACAGUGUUUCUCUCUGGGUCGCGUUUGGGCGACGGGCGUUCGGAAGCGUAAACUGCGUCCGCUUCCCUCUCCUCAGAACGCUCGGCUGCCCUUAAUCAGCUGACUCACAGCAACGCUUUUAGGUUAAAAUAAACAAAAAAAUAAUACUGAUGCAAAGCAACUGAAUUUCUCAUAAAUAUCUAAGGAAGAGAGAUGAUAUUGGUGGUUCCGGUGUGUGAUGAAAUGGAAUGAGAGGCAGAGUAAAGGUAUUCAUGAGUUUGAGCAGAUUCUUCAUUUAUAACCUGCGGACACUGAACCAAUUGGUGACACACUGUGGUUAAAGUGAUGGACAUAUCCGAUCGUUCGUACUGUGCGUUGUAAACUGCUGGAAUUGCUGCAUCAGGCCAACAAUGCAGAUCAACAACAUCUUUUUAAAAACCCUGUUUCCAUCAUAAUGCCCAAGCUCCCUGUUUUUAAUAAAAGCAGCUGCUUUAACAGUG